CUCACUCUUUCCUAGAAUGAUAACCCAUGUAGUUAAAUUUGUCUCCCGAGCCACAAAUAAACCAUCCUUCUUUCUCCUUUGAGAACUGUCGCCUCCUUCAUUUCUUUCUUUCACUUUUUCUAUAGCAAAAGAAAAGACAAAACCCCCUUUCUUUCUUGACCCUCCCACUUUUCCCCGGGUCCCGAAACUAGCCCUGAAAUGUGUCAAACGUUUUCCUCUUUUAUCUUUGAUGCACUUUUUUUGUUAGUUUGAUCCCUUCUUACUUUGCCUUUGACCACCGACGCGUUUCUUCUACCUCCCCACCUCUGCUGCUCAUGGAGGAUGUCGAAGUCCUGGCUGCCACCCCUUUUCACUCUAUUCCCAAACUCAUUGCUGCCGCUAUUUCUGGAACUCUCACAUGCCUCUUUGCUCUAGCUGGAGCUUUUGCAGGAGCAAUUACGGGUGCUUUUGCUGGCAGGGCUUCUGAUUGUGGUGUGCUACGUGGAGCUGGACUCGGGGCCAUUGCUGGGGCUGUACUUUCUGUAGAGGUUUUGGAGGCUUCUCGUGCGUACUGGUGUUUGGAACGCACUGGUUCUCUGCGCGAGUCAUCUAUGGCGGACUUUAUAGAGGAGCUUCUUCAUGGACGGUUUUUUGAGGAACAGUUUACACCAGCAAUGUUAGCUGCUUACCACUGGCAGGCUAGUAUUGCUGGCAUGAGCCAUGAUGUUAGUGAUGCUUAUGGCAAAACUGUAUCCAAAGGUUUGUCAGGAGAGACAUUAAAGAAGUUACCUUGUCAUGUGAUUAUGGAUGAAAUCAAGGCAACACAGAAUCUCUGCUGCUCAAUAUGCCUGCAGGAUAUUGUAACUGGGGAAGUUGCAAGGAGCUUGCCCCAUUGCCACCACACAUUUCACUUGGCUUGUGUGGACAAGUGGCUCAUCGGACACGGUUCAUGCCCUGUAUGCAGACAGGAUGUGCAGGUUAAGCAGGUUCGUGUUUGGAAAGAAAGGAUGUUGAGGUUAAACAACUAGCUCAUGUACAUGUAAUGCGUUUGUAUUGAUGAAAAAGAUGGCGUUUUUAAAGGUUAAUUGUUAUGUCCUUGAAGGCGACUUUUAUGAUGUGAGAGUGUUAGUGUCAUAGCCGAACAAAGAGCAUUGUAGUUGAAGAACUCGCACCUUUUGUCUUUUAUAUAUAUGUAGCUAUAGUGUAUCAAAUAUGUAUUUACUUGAUAGAUAACUCUCCUUUUCGAUUGAAUUGAUAUUGAUGAGUGAAGUUUGCUGUCUUUAAAAA